AUGCAAAAAGAAACUUUUCUGAAUGAAAUGAGUCUUCUUAUAUAUGCACCCAAGACAGCUGCUUUACCACUUCCCACCAUUGGAGGACACAGUGAGAAGACAUCAGUUAUGAUCCAGGAAAGGGGCCUCCACCAGGCAGAGCCUGCUGGUACCUUCAUCUUGGACCUCCCAGGCUCUAGAACUGUGACAAAUACAUUUCUGUUACUUACAACAUUUGACCAAAAAGAAGUUUUGGGAUUUGGCAAGGGGUACUCCAGCUCUGGGCUCCCUCACGGAGACCCACCGUGGCUGGAGCGGCUCUGGAGAGUGAGAGCGCGGUGGGGCGAGGCGGAGAAGAGGCCUUCCGGAGGACAUUGGCGCUUACUCGUGGCGGAGCUGAAGAGUUCGGCUUUUCCCGCGCGCCGCCUUCGAAAACUGCCCGCCGUUGACGGAGGGGUCAACUGGGAAACUCUCCCCCUCUGUCUGCGGCCUCCAGCCGAGCUCGCCGCCCGAGGCAGCGUGGAUAGGUGGGAAGCGCACUGGACCCUGGCCCGGAGCCGCCCCACUGGUGCCCAAGGUGAUGCGGGUGGACCAGGAGCGUCUCCUGGGGACCUGCGCCUCAGCUGCUGGCCCUGCAGGGCGAGCCGGUAUUCGUGCAGCUUACUUAAGCUGGUGCUGGGCGCCGCAAACCAGGCCCGAGAGGAGCUGAAGCACCCGCACCACCACCCACAGGCGCAACCGCAGCCUGUUGUGGUAGAAACCGACCCAUCAGCACCAAGCUCACAGCCUGGAAGUCCCGAUAGACAAGCAGAGAUGGUGCAAAGUAUAACCCCACCGCCAUCCUCUGCUGCUACAAUUGCUUUCAAACCGGCCAUUCAGAAUCCAAAUUUACCUACCUCCCUGCCAGUCAAUUUGCAAAACGUCCAACCUGUCAGAUACAAUAGAGCAACCGCGACUUGGAGAAAGGCCACAAACACUCCUGCCAUUAUCCUGGCUGCACAAAAGUUUAUACAAAGUCUUAUUUAAAAGCUCACCUGAGGACUCAUACUGAUGAGGAGCCGUACAAGUGCACCUGGGUAGGCUGCGACUGGAGUUUUGCGUGCUUUACCGAGCUGACCCACCACUUUGGGAAGCAGGCAGGCGCCAAGCCCUCCCAGUGCAGAGCGUGCGACCCCAGCUGCUUGCACUCUGACCCUAGCCCUGCACGGGGAGCAGCGUCAGACCCGAGCUGUUUGGACAUUGGCAGAAUCUGGAAGGCUCUCUGGAAUGUCCAUGACUUUCCUCAAGCCAGCAUCAUCUCCUGACGG